AUUGCAAUUUUAAUUUAGUUAAAUUGGUGCGUUCGCUUGAAACUGUUCUCGAUAAAGUCAGUCUAUGAUUUUGAAAACGGUAUAACUUUUUAUUGUUCGAUUGUAGUCAAAACAAAAUACACUUGUGAAAAUGACAAAAUUAUCGCUGAUUAUAGCAACUUCGUUCAUCGUUCAAUUAAUUUAUAUAAAAAAUACCACACCAUCAUUUACAACGGCCAUCAUCAAAGCGCGUUCAAUUUCAGCCGAGAAUCAAGUGAAACGUAUCACCGAAAAUCUUACGCUUGCAAUCGAUAGCCACGAUACGGUUGAAGCAAGAUAUGAUGCAUUCAAAGCGGUCAUUGAUCGUAUUGGACGGAAUUGUCGAAAGGUUGCCUUUCAAUCUAUCAUCGAUAAAGCAAAUGUAACCAAUUCAUCCGAUAUUAAGGCACAAGUUGAAGAUUAUUACGUGAAACAUGUGAAAAAUACAGCUGCCCAAUCAAAACAAGCGAUUUUAGAACGACAAGUUACUCAACAUAUCUCACAAGGAGCCGCUGUUCAAGUUCGUGCUACGUGCCAACAAAUGCUAAACAUUGCCAAGAAUCGAAUAAAAGCCGCAAAAAAUGAUGCAUGAUAAGUCCGUGAAUUAAAUCCAAAAUAAAACAUCCCAAAUCCAAUUUUUCUCAUAAUAUUUAUGGAAACUGCCUUUAUUUGUUAUUUAUAAACUUUUC